AUGCCGUCACCAAUCCGCCUUUCCCCACAAAUCAGCAACCUACAACAAAACUCUCCUUACCUCGACAUUUACACAAACGCUCCUAUUUCUCCGCUUCGAACCCGAGAAAACACCCAACCUUUACGGCAAACUCUCCCUCACUCUCACCCCGAGCCGAAACGCUGGGAAAGCCCCGGUGCCUGGGGAGCAAGACACAUAAACGACUCGGCGCCUUUUACGCUCUGGGACGAAGUCAACCGCAAGUUCCACCAUCCUACACUUCUGUUCGUACCUCCUGGAGGCCCGUUCGAAGAACCUAUCCCUUCCGCUCCGUAUCCUAACCCUCGUCUUCCCAAUCCGUGUCCGGGGGUUCGCUGGCCGCGAAUGGUCAACCCGACCAAAAGUCAGAGAACAGCUGUUCUUGAGGCUAUUUCGCGACUUGCUAAUGUACGGGCUGCCAUUUUUCUUCCGUUCUGGACAAUCUUCGAGCUUGAGACAGGAGAGAUGGCCGCAGCUACCCAGAACCCUCACUACCCGGAUAUCCCCUUCUUCAAAACCAUGCGGAGUCUUACCCGCCCUCGGAUCAUUCAGCCAUCCAAGGCAUCCUCCCUUAGUCCUGCAGUACAUGAUACCGCAAACUACCUCAGACGAUCGGCUCUGACGCCAGGAUGCAGGGUCGAAAGUGGAUUUGAGGUACCAAGCCCAGGAUCGCAACCAACCACCGCCGCAACCACAUGUGGGGUCAAAAUUCGCAAUAACGGAGGAGAAGAAAGGCUGACCGUGGCUAACCAUGGGUUUCUGUCCUCGAAAGAUAUCUACCACCCCCAGGUUAACGGGGGGGACCUGAUUGGCCAGGUGGUCGAUCCCAGACCUGAGCUCGACGUAGCUCUCGUCAAACUUACACCCGCGGCCUCUUUUAGCUUCACCAACACCUGCUACUUCCAGGCUGAACCACCCACUCGCCUUUUAGAAAGCGCCCACAUCGGCCAAGGCUCAUGGAGCGAAAUUGAUGGUAUGAGUUCCGGGCUUUUCAGCAUGAUGAACACUGGGAUUAUUGAAUCACGACCAAUCCGUCCAGUCGGCCAUCCCAUGAUUCCAUUUUCACAAUGGGAUACCAGAUUGGUCAAGUUGAUUUUCGGAAAUAUUGAAGGCUUUGUCUCAGAUGGUGUGUGCGGUGCCCCGAUCGUUGAGGUUGAGUCAGGCGGUGUUGCUGGCUUUUUCCAUUUGAGUGAUGGCUCUUUUGCUACUAGUGCUGUUCUUGAUGAUCUGGUUGCUGAGGGCUGGGGCCUCGUGUGA